AUGAGCCGUUUAGGAGAUAUCACGUUUGUACUGAAGACUGGUCCACAGCCGGCCGAACGCACUCGGCCGGACAGGAAGGGAAUUGGCUUCGCUCGGCCUUCUCCAGGACCGAUCCGGCCGCACGACCGCACCGUCCGAGCCGGGAGGCAAUGGACCACGAUCGACCGAGAACAUCACAUCACGGCCGACCCCGACGGCCGACCACAUCCCUUACACGGUCGACCCGAUCUCCGCGAACAAGAAGCCCACUUAUGCAGUUUUGACAAUUCUCAGCCCGUUUAA